GGAACCGCAGAACCUUCGCCAUCACUCAGCGCGCGCCACCCGUUCUCAUCUCUUUUCGCCGUGCAUGAUCAAUUGCAGCGACUACAGACGUCUCUAACACCCUCACCUCCCCACCCUUCCUCCUCGCCAUGUCCACACUCCUCCGCCGCUCAGGUAACCUCGCGCGACUCUCGAGACCCUGUCUUAACGCCGCAUCGAGAAACGCCGCACUUCGAAGACGAAUACCUGUCCCUCAGUGCGUAUAUGCGCAACAGCGGGCGCGAUUGUUCGCGACCAAGCCGCCUAAGGAGCCGAAGAACAAGAAACAGGAUGAUGAGGUAGCGAAGCAGAACCAGGGCCAGGCUAAAAAGCCUGAGCCAAAGAAGGACGAAAAUCCAGAGGAAAGCAAGGAAGAAAAGCCAGCAGCCCCAACACCGCAGGUAUCGAAGUUGUCGGAGGAGGAGGAGAAGCUGUUAGAUCAGCUGGUUUCCUUUGUUUCCAUGGGGGUCCCGAAGUCGCAGCAAAAGGCUAUCAAGGAUGCUGUAGACGAGAUCAAGAAGACCGGGAUCCCAAAAGAGCUGAGGGAGGAGAUGGACCGGCUCGCGCGGGGCGAGAAGCUAGAUCUUGCCACAGCAGCCAAGAUUUCGCGGUUAACGACCAAGUGGGCGCGCAGGACCGCCGAGCAGCAGCGCUUCAAAGACGAGGCACCAGAAGAACCGCAGCAGAAGGCGGGUGCACACGACCCUGGUCCAGGAAAGGAGAAGGGGCAAAAGGGCGGCGCAGGUCCUCCGAAGUUGGAAAAGAAUAUGGACUGGAACACGACGCUGAUCACAGCUUUCCUUGCAUGGCUUACCUACCGCAUGAUCGUACCCGGCGAGAACACCAAGGAGAUAACGUGGCAGGAAUUCAGAACAACAUUCUUGGACAAGGGCCUAGUAGAGAAGAUCGUGAUCCUCAACGGCAACAAGGCCAAGGUGCAUCUGCACCGUGAGGCUGUCGCUUCCAUGUAUCCAGACUCGCCUGCGGCCAGCCACAACUUCUAUUACUAUUUCACAAUAGGGUCGGUCGAGGCGUUUGAGAGGAAAAUGGACGACGCACAGUACGAGCUUGGCAUACCCAGCUCGGAGCGCAUUCCCGUUGCCUACGCCAACGAAAUCUCCUGGUUCGGCACCUUCUUGUCCUUUGGACCUACCCUCCUUCUCCUUGGUUCCCUGUUCUACUUCACAAGACGCGCUGGUGGUGGCAGCGGCGGCAACAGCGGUAUCUUCGGCAUGGGCAGGAGCCGAGCCAAGAGGUUCAAUCAUGAGACGGAUAUCAAGGUCAAGUUCGCCGACGUCGCCGGCAUGGAUGAGGCCAAACAGGAGAUUAUGGAAUUCGUCUCUUUCCUGAAGGAGCCCGGCCGCUUCCAGAAAUUGGGCGCCAAAAUCCCGCGCGGUGCCAUCUUAUCUGGUCCUCCAGGAACCGGUAAGACCCUCCUCGCCAAGGCGACUGCUGGAGAAUCCGGGGUGCCAUUCUUCAGUGUUAGUGGUUCCGAGUUCGUUGAGAUGUUCGUCGGUGUCGGCGCGUCCCGUGUGCGAGAUUUAUUUGCCAACGCGCGCAAAAACACGCCCUGCAUCAUCUUCAUUGACGAAAUCGAUGCCAUCGGACGAUCUCGGGCAAAGCAGAACUUUGGGGGUGGCAAUGACGAGCGCGAGGCUACACUCAACCAAAUUUUGACGGAAAUGGAUGGUUUCAAUACAACUGAGCAAGUCGUCGUACUUGCUGGUACCAAUCGGCCUGACGUUCUCGACAAGGCGCUCAUGCGGCCAGGGCGUUUCGACAGACAUAUCAACAUUGAUCGGCCGACGAUGGAAGGCCGAGCCCAGAUUUUCGCCGUGCAUUUGAGGAAGAUUGUUACCAACGAGGACAUGGAAUUCUUGAAGGGCAGGCUGGCAGCAUUAACACCUGGCUUCUCAGGUGCUGACAUUGCCAACUGUGUCAAUGAAGCUGCUUUAAUCGCUGCACGUCACCAAGCCGAUUCCGUCACGAUGGCGCACUUCGAGCAAGCCAUCGAACGAGUCAUCGGCGGUCUAGAGAAGAAGUCUUUGGUUCUGAAACCAGAGGAGAAGAAGACGGUAGCUUACCACGAGGCAGGCCACGCCAUUUGUGGCUGGUUCUUCAAGUACGCAGAUCCUCUUCUCAAGGUUUCCAUCAUUCCUCGUGGUCAAGGCGCCCUCGGCUAUGCCCAGUACCUCCCUGCUGGCGACACCUACCUCAUGAACGUUCACCAGUUGAUGGAUCGCAUGGCUAUGACCCUAGGAGGACGCGUAUCAGAAGAGCUACAUUUCGACACGGUAACUUCAGGCGCUUCGGACGAUUUCAGAAAAGUCACACAGAUGGCCACUGCUAUGGUCACCAAGUGGGGCAUGACCAAGAAGAUCGGUUACAUAUACUACGAAGACGACCAGCAAAACCAGCUCCAGAAGCCCUUCUCCGAGGAAACCGCCAAGAAUAUCGACAUUGAAGUUAAGCGCAUUGUCGACGAAGCAUACAAGCAGUGCAAGGACCUGCUGACAGAGAAGAAGCACGAGGUGGGCUUGGUGGCCGAAGAGCUGUUGAAGAAGGAAAUGCUCGGCCGAGAGGACAUGAUCAGGAUAUUGGGCCCUCGACCAUUUGAAGACCCGCAAGAUUUCCACAAAUAUUUCGGAGGCGAACAUGGCCGCGUGCCGGGUUUGAUUGAGCCGAAUGGCGACACGGGCGUCAAAGGCCCUGUGGUUCCGCCCGCACCAGCAUUCAAGAGCAGUGCCGCUGACUCGCCGCGGUGAGGAUGCAUGGAGGAAUGGUAAACAUCAUGGCAUUCUGCAGGCACUAUUCAUCUACGUCCAUUCUGUUUGCAUUAGGCGGUGCGGGCUCUUUUUCCACUCAUAGCUUUGAGAGCGCGGUGUAUAGUAUCAUAGGAUGGACCCGCAUGGGGCGACCUGUAUAGUAAAUCUUGCAAGCAAGCGCGUCCCUGCGCUGUAUUUUACGACAUUGGGAUAUCGUUACUGAUAUGUCUAUCAGCCUGUUCUAUAUCCGAAUUCCGUGGAUUAAACGCGAGAGCGAUGGCAAUGUGUUCAGGUAAGUACGAACUACGAUGUAGAUGGCAAUUUUUGUCACUCGAUCUUCUCGAAUAUCCGUUGUGUGGUAUCUAAACUCUUUUCUUCGUUAGAUGAGCUACUUCGCCGUAUAACCUUUCCCUGGUUGUAAUCGAUUU